UUAGAGUGUCUGUUGAUUUUUCAGGGUGCCCUGCAGGACAGUCAGAAUGUACCCUGUAUAACGGUACUACCGGAUGUUCAUCAUGUUGUGACGGUGUUCCAGAAUGUGCAGACCUGUCAGAUGAAGAGCCUUGCAAUAAAUAUAAAUGUAAAAAAACAUGGCGGAUGGUAUUCGAACAUGACUCAAAGGGAAAUGUCUUAGCUGGAAGUAAGCCGGACUUAAUGAACGCUGUCAGAAGGGGCGCUGAAAUUAAAAUGUUAAGAGGAAAUUAUGUUGACAGCGCAGACACUACUCUGGUAAUAGGAGACGAAGUUUGCGCACAGAGCAUUCAUCACGUUUCUAAAGGAUCAUGGGCAACGUUCCAGGGAAAGGCAUAUUGGUGGUUUACGGUUACUUGUACGACCGGAGAUUUCUCGAUGUCACGGUGGUAUGUUGGAGACCGCACAAAACCAGCUGACAAUCAGGCGGCUUAUGGAUUCAAGUGGUUUGCAAGGGAGGUAGAAGACAAACAUAUGACUGCCAUCCCAGCGACCGGAAAUGAUAUCAGUGCAGUAAAUGCACAUAUUCAAGCUGUUAAACAAAGUGGUUAUGGUGUGACAGUUAAGCAAGAAUCCAAAUCUCUUAACACGGAAGAAUAUUACAGAGCAGAUAACCUUGAGGUUUCGUCAGAUGACAAAGAGAUUGUUGCCCAAACAGUUUGGAACUUGCUAAACGAAAAAUUCAAGACUGCAGUUAAAAUUUCGACAUCUGGUCAUUGGUUGUUUCAACACUUUGCUUCAAACGGACAAGUCGAAGAAAGUCAAUAUCUGGUAGGUGAAAACAAAAGGGUCUCAAUCGAUUCAAACAAACGGGAAACGAAAUGGUACUUUGAUCCAUGUUGGCAGUUCGUGUAUUCCCAUGAUCAGAAUGGAAUUCGUAAAGGAGGGUCAAUACUCGAAUUGAUUAAUGCAGUUAAAGCUGGACAUCGUGUAAAAGUAAUGAUAAAUAACAGAAUAUCUCAAGCUACUAAUGUAAUCGUAAAAACAGACGUAAUUACUGCAUUUCUACCAGAUAUACUUAAAAAAUCCAGCAUAGAAACGCUAGAGGAUCCGACAGGCGCUAAAGGGAAAUGGGAUUGGAUGUUGGUAAAUACAAACGGUAAGGUAGAGACCGCAAAUUACCUUGUUGGCGAGGGACAGGGCUCGGUGUCAAGCUCGGCUGCCGAAAUGAAGUGGUUUAUAGACCGCCGAGAAUGGAAAAUGGUACUUGAUGUUGGACCCACUUCUGUAAACAGUGGCUCAAAAGAACAUUUGGCAAAUGAAAUUAAGGAUGGAGCAGAUGUACGCUAUUCCUGGAUAGGUUCCACUGGGGAGUAUACUUUUAUGGAAGCUGACAACAUCGGAUUUGAUGGUUCUAAACCGGACUUUGGUGCCCAGCACAUACGUUCUGUGCUUCUUAAACCAAAUGGCAACGAAUACAAGUUUGAUGUCACAUCUAAUAAGCUCACUUGGUUGUUUACAAUAACGACUAACUCCGGCGUGGUAAGGAGCAGUAAAUGGAUUGUUGGCGACCAUGCAUCCCGUGGACAUUCCACUGCUAACUACAGGGUGAUGUGGUUUGUCGCCAAAUAAUUGCUAAAAGAAAAUGUAGCUACAUGUAUGUGAUUAAGGAGGGAAGUGUAUUAAAUUUAUUUUGAUUAUUGUAUUACACACGCUUUUAUGCAUGCAUAUAUUCCUUCUUGUAUUACAACGUAUUUUUAUGUACAAUUCAAAGAUUGGGUAUCAUCUUGCACGAACAUUACUGAAACAUGUCAACUUUAGCUGAUAGUUUUGUAAUAGAAAGAACAUCGAAACACGAGGCUGUCUGAUUGGUACGAGGAGCCUCCCCCCCCCCCAGUAUAAAUUAGAUUGCCGAGUGUUUUGAUGUUCUUUCUUUUUUUGAAUCAUAGGCAAAUAUAAAAGCACAUUACCUGUUGUCACAAUUUGAAAGCCAAGGAAAAGGUAACCAAUGAACGAACAUUUGAAUACAAUUUUUUAUCGCUAUUCUUUCCUCUGUCGUCACAAAAAGAAAACACAAGAUAAAAAAGUCAAUCAAUUGGCAUUCUCUGGAGUGCGGGUAACUAAAACCUGUAUUCCAAUUAACGCACUGUGCAUGCAUAUGUAUGUAUACGAUUUAACUCUGACACAUUUUAACAGAAAGGCCCCCAAACUAUGAUACAAAAAAUAAUAUUGUACCCAUUACAUCAACAUUUCAGCUCUCAUAAAAACGUUAUCAAUUUAAACAAAGAUAUUUGCAUUUUAUUAAGUUUUCAUUAUGUUUACUUUUACAAAAUAUUCACCUGGGAGUAUGGUUUGUGGCCAAGUAAAUGAUUUCUAAAAACGUUAAAAGACUUGCUCUAAAAUCCAUCAAUAAGAAUGACAUUUAUUUGCUAUAUAUUUAUUAUUCAAGCUUUAUAGACAUAUCUUUAAAAGUUUUCCUUAUUAUAUACACAGUAGGAUACAAAUCUGAACAUUAUAAUAGUAGCAUCUUGAUUUAUAAUGACGGAGUACUUACAUGUUCGUGUGACAUAAUUGUUUGAUAAAAUCAUAAAUAUACAGUCUUAAAGUAAAUUACAUGUUUGUCUAGAUUCAACAUCCACAAGACUGGUGUGCAUAUUUUGAAAUAUGUUAGUUGUCUUUUUAAACAUCUCAUGUAUUCCAGAAAAAUUCUUUGUAAAUCUAAUUGAUAUUGUACUUUCUCUGUUCAAAUGUUUAUAUGCUGAUGCUAAAAGAAUUGUAUAAUGUUUAGAGCAAUAAAGUUUUUGAAUUUAAUUGAAUAUAACAACAUUCUCAGCAAAAUAUAAUAGUUAUUGUU